AUGUUGCUUUUGUCUGUCAUCUUUCAGGUAUUCUUAUUUCUUUCCAGCUUCUCUUGGACGGCAUCUGGCUCGAAGGAGGACGUCGUUCGUGAAUUCUUUGCCAAUAAUGGAGGCAGUACGCCCACUGGCUCGACACAUACCAAUAACUGGGCGGUCCUAGUAUGUGCGUCUAAGUAUUGGUUCAAUUAUCGACAUAUGGCCAAUGCCCUCGGGAUGUACCGCACUGUAAAACGACUGGGAAUACCCGACUCAAAUAUCAUCCUCAUGUUGGCUGACGAUGCUGCAUGUAACUCAAGAAACAAGUUUCCCGCCAAUGUCUUCGCAAACCCCGGGCGGGCUCUUGACCUAUAUGGGGACAACAUCGAGGUGGAUUACAGAGGCUACGAAGUAACGGUGGAGAACUUCAUUCGGGUUUUGACCGGUAGAAUGGAACCUUCUGUUCCCCGGUCUAAGCGUCUAUUAACGGACGACCGCUCAAACGUUUUCGUUUACAUGACUGGCCACGGAGGCAAUGAAUUUCUCAAGUUCCAAGAUAGCGAAGAAAUCAGUGCCCACGAUAUUGCAGAUGCUUUCGAACAGAUGUAUCAGAAGAAAAGAUAUAACGAGAUCUUCUUCAUGAUUGAUACUUGCCAGGCCACUAGCAUGUAUUCCAAACUAUACUCGCCUAAUAUCUUCGCUACAGGCUCGUCGCAAGUCGGAGAGAAUUCGUAUUCGUACAAGAACGACAACGAUCUCGGCGUGUCGACCAUUGAUAGUUACACCCAUUACGUCCUUGAAUUCAUGGAAGGAAUCAAUAAGACUAGUCGCACGACUAUGGCCGACUUGUUUGAUUCAUACGAUGUGAAAGCUAUUAUGUCCCACCCAGGAGUCCGGAGCGACCUUUUUCACCGGCAUCUGAAUGAAACUUUGAUAACCGACUUCUUUGGGGGCGUGGCAAAUGUAGAGGUCUCGUCCAAGGACGUAGUGCACGGGCGGCCGGGUAACACAAAAUCAGCGUCUAUUUCAAGGGAAACCGUCACGGACCAGGAAAAGCCGAUGCCUCGACGGCAGUCUCCGAUCCCCUCAAAUUCCAGGGAGCCUGGAAGUUCCAAGUGGCGAACAUGGGGUUCCUGUAUUCUUGUUGGUACCUUAGUGGGAUGGACUUGCCCUUACGAAGUGAACUAG